AUGCCUACCUUGAAUGAAAACCUCGCCUUACUUGGUCGCUCCAACUCACCUUCCUUCAAGACUCGUGCCAUUGACACCCUUGUUCUCACCUUGAAGUCGUCUCCUGUUAACUACUUGUUAGUGUUUGUUCCCCUCGGUUUGGCUGCUGGAUACUUACAAUGGUCGGCCAAUGCCAUCUUCUGGAUAAACUUCGUUGCCAUUGUGCCGCUCGCUUCCAUAUUAGCCUUUGCUACUGAAGAAUUGGCUGAAGAUGUAGGUGAGACAGUUGGUGGCUUACUUAAUGCCACCUUUGGUAAUGCAGUAGAAUUAAUUGUCUCCAUCAUCGCUUUGAAGGAAAAUCAAGUCAGAAUCGUCCAAGCUUCCAUGUUGGGUUCCAUAUUAUCCAACUUGUUGUUGGUUUUGGGAUGCUGCUUCAUAGCUGGUGGUAUCACCAGAGUUCAACAGACCUUUAACCAAACUGUAGCCCAAACUAUGCUGUCGCUCAUGGCACUUUCCACUGCCGGGUUGCUCAUACCCGCUGCCUUCCAUGCUUCUUUGCCUUCGCCAAAGCCAAAGAAUGGCUUCCCCGAACCAGGCUCGUCUGACGACUUGAUUCUCUCCUUGUCAAGAGGUGUCUCCAUCAUUUUGUUGGUGGUAUACAUUCUCUACUUGGUUUUCCAAUUGAAGACCCACAAGGCUCUUUUUGAAGAACAAGCCCAAGAAGCAGAUGACGGAAUCAUAACCGCUGCCUUACCUCAAGUUACCGAAGAUUCCCAGAAGGAAAAAGGAAAGCACCUUAAUGUCUUCAGUUCUCUUACUGUGUUGCUUUUGGCUACUAUUCUUGUUUCGCUCUGUGCCGAUUACUUGGUUGGUUCAAUCGACGACAUCGUCGAGUCGUCUGGUUUGUCGAAAACUUUCAUUGGUUUGAUUGUCAUUCCUAUCGUAGGUAACGCUGCCGAACAUGUCACUGCCAUCAUUGUCGCCAUGAAGGAUAAGAUGGACUUGGCUAUCGGAGUAGCCGUGGGCUCGUCUUUGCAAAUCGCCAUCUUCGUCACUCCUUUCAUGGUAUUGAUCGGGUGGGUCAUCGACGUUCCCAUGUCGUUGUACUUCUCUACAUUCGAAACAGCUGUCAUGGUGGUUUCUGUGUUCAUCACCAACUUGGUUAUCUUGGACGGUGAGUCCAACUGGUUGGAGGGCGCUAUGCUUUUGAGCACGUAUUUAAUUGUCGCUCUCGCCUUCUUCUACUACCCAGACGUCGGUAUUUCUAACUAAUAUCGGCCACGAAGAGGUCUAUCGUUUUUGCUACAAAACGAUAAAUAGUCUUAUCUAGUGUGUCCAAAAUAGUGCAUAAAUUGUAACUACACAAAACGAUCAUUU